AUGCAGGGGGUCAUUUUGCGGUGGCGCAAACGCACGGGCGUGCAGCAAUCGGUGUUCCUCUGCGUGAAGGCCAAAGCGGACCCCGAUCCCUCUCGCGGGCUAGAGGGUGAUGAGAUUUGUAUCGACAUGGCGAAUCAAGAGCGCGUGGAUAUGAAGAGUGAGAGCAACAUCAUUGUGGAGUUUUUCUUCUCUGCCUCAGGCAGCAAGGGCUACCCACUGAAUGGUGGCUACGAACCCACGGGCAAAGAUUUGAAGUGCCAGUACAACUAUCGCUUCCAGAUCGAGGGUUACAACCACAACCAGGAGCAUGUGGCAACUUCUGACUGGUCCAAUGAGGUCUUCAUCAAGCCCAGGAGCACAGUCUUCGACCUGCCACUUCGCAUCCUAAAGUCGAACUUUGCCGUUCCUACGAACUCUUUGGAGUAUUUCGUGGAACACUUCGCUGAGUUCAACAUCCAUGGCAAACAUCCGCAGCAGUUGGUCAUCCUCAGCAAAAUCAGGGUAUGCUACCACAAGAACUGGAAUGACUUCCGAGACUGCAAGUCUGAUUUCUGCUUGACUGCCUACAUGGGUGAAAGCAGCGUAAAGUGUGAGAAGGACACUCGCUCUGGUGUCUGUCAGAACUUCGACAAGACUGGCAUCUUUCAGCCGCUGGACGUGGGUUUGGACAUUGACGACGAUGAAGAUGCCCGUACUCAGGAGCUGGAUGAAGCGAUCAUCGGGCCAAACCAGUCCCUAGAGCUUGGCGCAGCAGACCGGAGGCUGCAAGAUGUGUUCAUCACCCUGCGCAAGUCGUCCGGGGAAGACGUCGCAGAAGGUAAGCUCGACUGGUGGGACAUUGUGGAGGCUUUUGAACAGUCGGAAGAACAACAAAUCUUCGUGGAACUUUGCACAGACAAGGUGGAGGGCGAAUUUGAUGAGGAAUGGCUGGUGUGGGUGGAGGCUGAGGUGACCUUCAGAAAUGAGCUGGACCCGGAGUGCGAGCAGAUGCCGUUCCGGGAUCGCUUUUUCCAGUCGGACCCUCCAGGGGAGAUCUACUACGAGGGCAUGGAGCGAUUUGUAUCCUGGGAUCCAACCAGCGACCUGACUGGCACAGCAUUGGAUGUGGAAAUCAAGGAGUUCGACAUUUACAUGUCUUAUCCUGAUGACGACCUGGACCCUGUGCUUCUGGUGGAAAAGGCCCAAGUCUCCAACGGCGGGGCCUCGAUCAUGAUUACUUUCCCGGAGGGCAUCUCAGCAAACUACGUUGUAUGCCAGAUGGGCGUCGAGGCGUACAACCACGACGGCAGCUUGGAUGACGGGAACUUGCCCAUGCGAUCCCAUCGCUUCAUCAUAUGUCGCACCUGGAACCUUGCGGAGUUUGAGCUCAUGUACGCGUCAUUUUGCCGGAUGAACAACAUGGAGAUGGAGCGGGUUACAGAGGACGCCCUGGCAAGCUAUGGCAUGGUCGUGGCAAGGGAGCAGCUCAAGGUGGUGCAUGGCCUUCGACGAACAUUGGUUUUUGAGGAGUCCCUUGAGGAGGAUCACGUGCUUGACUGCCCAGGGCUGAUAAUGAUCAGCGAGAAGAACAUCGUCGCAAGGCACCCGAGUGUGGUGAAUGGCGAGCAGAUCAUGGCCGGCGCCUCCGACGCCGGAGGAAGUCUAAUCCGUACUUUCUCUUCCGGCAAGAGUCCGCUGCUGGGUGGGGGCUCGCUGACUGGGUCUGGUGCAGGGCGUAGCGGGCGGCAAGGUCCAGUCAUCAUCAAGCCAAAGGAGUAUCGUGCUACUUUCCAGGCAAUAGGCUUCCUCGAGCAACUGGUCCGCAAUGGCCUGCAAGAGGAAAUCUGCCGAAAAGAUGAUGGGCCUGUCUAG